UGGUGUUCAUGGAUGCCACCUACAGGGGGAUCACCUCUUAUGGCUAUGCAUUUUAUGCACUUCUUCUAAGUAAUAGUAUUGGAAGAGGAGUUCCAUUUGCAUACUUUAUCGUAAGUCAGGAAUCAACAGCCACACUCACUCUGUGCUUGGAAAAGCUUUCUAGCUGUAAUCCUGGAUUUCUUCCCCGGUCAGUCAUGAUUGAUAGGGACCUGAAAGAGCACAAUGCCAUUAGACAGAUAUUUCCAUCGGCAAAGAUAUUCCUUUGUUGGUUUCAUGUCCUGCAGGCCGUGCAUAGGUGGUUGGUCAAACGAGAUGGAGGAAACCUGCCAGCGAGCCAGAGAAACAUGGUGAUUCAUGCAAUGGUUGCAAUGAAGGGGUGUUUAACAGAAGAGGACUUCAUUCACACUUCUGCCACCAAGUGCAAGGAGCUAGAUUCCUACCUUGGUAGUACAAACGUAUCUACAUACUUGAAGAAUCAGUGGAUUCCUUUGAGGGAGCUGUGGUCCAAUUUUGGCAGAUCAUUCAAUCACGAAAAUUGUGAAACCAAUAACAAGGCAGAAAGAUUCUUUCUCACAAUUAAAUAUCAGUUCCUGAAAGGAAACGCAAACAGGCGUAUUGAUCAGCUCCUUGGCCUGCUGUGUGGAGAUGUUCACAAAUAUUACUGGUAAAGUUAACACAUUUUUUUAAUAUUUUAAUAUUUUGUUUUAAAUUAUGAUUUGUUAUUUUACUUUGCAUAAUUACAAUUUAUAAUAACUGAUUGAAUAAUUUAAAGUUACAUGGAUGAGCUGGCGGCAAACGGACGAAUCAAAGGAGCCAAUGCUGAUGACUUCUCUAAUGUUGUCAAGUCUAUGUUUGAGAAGGGUCUGGAUUCAAAAUGUGAAAUUAAUAAAGAGGGCACAUGUUUUGUUCCACCACAUACAAGUACUCAGUCCCACACAGUUGAUUUGGUCAUGGUGAGAUGUGACUGCAAAAGAUCCAAAUGCGGUUCUUUGUGUAAACACAUAGUUUUCUCAAGAUUAGUUGCACAGCAACAAGGAUUAAAUAUUCAAGACAUAAGGUCUGAUCUUGCUAAAAAAAUCGUUAAUUGUCACUCAUAUUUCUCAGAUGAUGAAACCCUAACUGUUUUUCACAGUGACGGCAGUGUAGGGACUAUAAGUCACAAAAGUCCAACAUUUUGUACAUGUAUAGCAAAUAGCCAUUAUGAAACAUGUGUUUGUAUUUUGGUUCACAACAUCCUCUACGUUUCACCGACGCCCUGUGAGUUGAUUGCGAAUCAUUCAGAUUGCCAGAAAACACCAAAUCAAAUGCCAAAAGCCAAACUCCAGGCCAUGUUAACAGACCUUGUUGAAUGGAGCCAAUCAGACAUGUACACUGAAAACAAGGAGCUGUACAAGAUGUUAGAGAGGGCACACAAACUAGUUUUUUCAAACUUCAGCAUUCAGUCAAGAAAAAGAAAAAUAACUGUCCUGCAUGCCUAUCGACAACAGAUUAAAAAGGCCAGACAUGUACUCACCAAGAAUUACAUUUGUAAAAGAAAAAACAAAAGAAAAAGGCUAAAUAAAAAUUAAAGAGUUGUCCUUUGUAUGUACAAUUUAUGAUCUGCAGAUGCAAAAAAAUCUGAUAAAACAAUCUGGGAAAAAAUAACUGCUGGUUGCUAAUUUCACAUUUAAUGUUUCUCAAAGGCAUUAUAAGCAGGCUAGUAUGUGUAUGUUUGUGUGUGUUAAGUAUUUGUUGUACAUAUUUCUAGCAUUUUAAAUUGUAAAAUAAAACACACAGAUAAUGUUUUGUAUUUUUAUUAUACUUCUGGAUUGUGUACAUUAACAUUUAAGCAUUUGAACAAUUCAACAAUAAAGUGCAAAAAAGCCUUA